AUGUCCUUCUUCUUCGGAGCCUCUCCAGGGGCGGAGGAAGAGAAGGACGAACGAAGCGCGACGGAGAAAGCAUCCCCGCGUGUCUCCUCCCUUCUUGCCUCCGCCUCUGAAACGCCAGGAAUGCCGGAGGACGACCCUCGCGGCAUGUCCUCGCUGUCUGGGCUCUCGUCCUUCCUCCCCGCGGCCUUCUCUCUUCCGUGGAAACUCUCGCCAGAAAGGCCCGGCGAAGAGGCGACUUACAACAGGGAGAGAGACGCCUUCUGCGAAGCCUCGCAGCCUCCGGAGCCGUCCAGUGACCACGCUUAUCUCUCCUGGCCUCCCCUGUCGCACAUAGAUUUGCAUGCGUCUUCUCCUUCUCUUCGAUCGUGUGCAGACACGCGUGAAGGGCGUGAAGGGAGAAAUGCGACUGGCUGUGAGGACAGAAAGAGACAGGACAGACGCGAGGUGAAUUCCACGAGCGUGGCGAAGCUGGAACUGUGCGGAGUCCCUCGUAGGCCUUCACAUCGGCGCUCUGCCGAUGCGCUGUACAGACACCAGGGCGUCUUAGGAGACUGCGACCCCGUUGUCGCGCCAGACUUUCCCAGUGAGGAUGUGGGGACGUCUCCGUCGUCAGCGCUGCGGCAGAGUUCCGAAGUGUCGAGAGAAAGGCAAGCGUGUGUCGAGGACUGCGCUUUGUCUGGCCUCUCUGCCUGUUCCCCUGCCUCCACUGUCGCUCGAAAGACGCAAGAGAAGACGGAAGGACAAAGCGUCGAAUGGAGGAAGACAGAGAAGAGAGAGGCCGGCGACGAGUCUUGCGAUACAGGAGCCCAGGAGGCGGGAGAAGAUGAGGGACAGGUUGGAGAGGAAACUGAGAGUGGACCUGAAGACGCAGAGGAUACCUGUGCUCCCACCGAAAGGCGUGAACGCCGCCAAGGAGAAUCUCUGCAUGCAUUCUCAGCAGGACAGGCGAAAAAAGAAGAGGAACUGAAACCCGGAAACGAAGGAGAUCGUCGAAAGGGUGUAUUCCGAGUCACCUCUUUGGAGGGAGAAGGGACUCCAACUGAACACCUCGCUCCUCAAACCACGCUGUCGUCUGGAUUUGUGCCUCCCCGUUCUCCCCUCUGCUCUUCUUCUUCUUGUUCUCUCUCUCCUUCUCAUUGCUCUCUGGCCAUGUCAUCCGACAGAGCCGAGAAGCAGGACGAGGAGGAAUAUGAUCGCUACGGCUUCCGUGUUAACGCCCCCGAGAGGCUGAGGCUGAAGCUGCGCGAAUAUUCCUUCAAAAUUCAACAUGAAACAGAAGAGAGGGACAACAGGUGGGCGGAAUUUGUCAGGCGAGAUCCUUCUGUUUCCGACCGUCGAACGCUCAAGCGGCUCGUGCGGCGCGGAAUUCCUGAUUCUCUCAGGCAGGAAAUCUGGGCGCGGUGUCUGGGCAGCUGGACGCUGAGAGAGCAGCACCCGACUGUGUUCGAAGAGAUGACUCGGAAGCCGGUUCCGCAGGACGUCGUGGAACAGAUCGAACUCGACCUCCUACGCACUUUCCCCACCAACAGACGCUUUCGGGGCAAGGCGGGCGGCGUGGCAGAUCUGCGGCAGGUCCUCUGUGCCUUCGCCGCAUAUAAGCCGAAAAUCAACUACUGCCAGUCGAUGAAUUUUUUGGCGGCAACGCUGCUCCUGUUCAUGCCCCCAGACGUCGCCUUCUGGUCUCUCGUCCAGCUCAUUGACUCGGACGUGGGCGGCAAGGGAAUGAAGCUCGCAGGCUACUACACUUCGGGCAUGGCAGCUCUCCGGAGAGACCUGAAAGUCCUCGCGAUUCUCUUGAAAAAAAAACUGCCAAGAGUCGCGCAAACCCUCAGACGAACGCAAGUCGGCGUCGACUGUCUCUGCGCAGAGUUAUUUCUCUCCCUCUACUCGAGCUCAGUUCCCAUCUACACGACAUUCCGCAUCUGGGAUUCCCUCGUUUUGGAGGGUCAGAAAAUUCUCUUUCGAAUCGCACUGGCCAUCUUUUUUAUGCAUGAACGCGAAAUCGCCGCCCUAACCUCCCUCGAGGAAGUGAUGACUUUCUGGCGGGGGAUGAUUCGCCACCUGGUUCACCGAAACGAAUUGAUGACGGUGGCUUUCACGCGGAUUGGACGUUUGUCGCGGCGGGAGUUGUCGCGGCUGCAGGUCCGAAUGAUGCAUGCAGUGGAAGCCGAGAACCGGGCGUACGAGGCUCGUCGGUCGCUGCGUGCUCCCCCUGAUUCGUCCAGUGUCUUUCCACGCCAGAAAGCGCCACUCGAGGGCGCGUCUCCUGAGCGUCAGCGCCUCUUCUUUUCGCUUCCGUGGCGCCGCUGGAGUCGUCUUGUUGAAGGAGACAGUCCCCACACCCUCGCGUCGCCGCUGCGGCGUCGAGGCCCUAAACGUACCUCUUCGGACGGAGAUCCUUCGCCCGCCAAGAAGAGGCAGAAUGUCCCUUCUGCGGAGGAGACACAUGCGCUGCGAAGGAGGCGCUUCUUCCACGCAAAAAGCGAAAGCGACGUUGCAUGCACCCCGGAGCGCGGACCUGAGGAGACCCAUGCGAGACCCAGACGCGGGCGCUGGAGUGUCCUCAGACCCGCGAGCGCCGAGAAGGGAGAGACUGGCGACCUAGUCAAGCGAGGCAGCGAAGUCUUUGGAUUCCGCAGAAGACGCAGUGCCGGAUGA